AUGGCCACUUUAAAGUCCCUGUUUUGGAAACACACUUUGUACCGAAUUUUUAUCACCAAUUUAUUAGUAUCUUUUCAAAAAAUUGAUGCAAACUACUUAAUUAAGUAUGAGGUGACAGUAAACCCCCCCGAAUUUGAAACAACCAUCCACAACAAAGAGGUUAUAACCACCCAACUAAAUGCUUCUUCCAUCACAGUUCUCAGUGACUUGCCCAUCCUACGUAAAGGUAUGCUAGAAAUUACUCCCGAAACACUUCAUUUUCGACUAACUGAACACAGUCUAGAAAAAAUAGAAAUCGGUGCUUUCGACAAUCAAAACAUAACUGAAACAAUUUCUCUUAAUAGCAACAAACUAACUGUCAUCGCGUCUACUACUUUUAAAAAUUUGAAAAUUAGAGUACUCGACUUGGAUUACAAUGAAAUUACACACGUUGAAGAAAAUGCCAUCACCGACAUGCCAAACUUAGUCCAGGUUCUCCUGUCUCGAAAUAGAAUUGUCAAAUUCCAUGCUAACUCUUUCGUGAAUACUCCAAAUGUGUGGGAACUUGACAUGCAAUACAAUGAGUUGGGCGAAUUGGGGGAAAAGUGGUUCAGUUUUAUGAAAAAAGAAGAAGCGCUGGUGAUACUGUUAGGAUACAAUAAUAUUGAAAAAAUACAUCCUAAAACAUUCGAUGGAAUAAGCAUCUGGACUUUGGCUCUAAGUCAUAAUAAACUGAAUGAAGUUCCCGGAGAAAUUUUUACCGGGAAUUUGGUUGAGUUGAUGCUGAAUAACAAUGCAUUGGAAGAUCUACCCGAUACUUUUUUCCAGCAGAGAAAUUUGAGAAGACUCAGUAUUGGUUACAACCCUCUCAACUGUGGUACUUUGCAAAAAUUGAAGAUGCUUGCCGAAGGAAAUAUUUUGUUAACAAUGUAUAACAACCAGUAUUGUUAA